GCCCCUUUGAAGGCCCCAAUUACCACAUCACCCCCAGAUGGGCGUUCCACCUCGCCAGCGCCUGGAUGGUCUUUGUAGUCUUUGCGUCCGUCUUCACCAACGGGCUGGUGCUAGCUGCCACCAUGAGGUUCAAGAAGCUGCGCCACCCACUGAACUGGAUACUGGUGAACUUGGCGGUGGCUGACCUGGCCGAGACUGUCAUCGCCAGCACCAUCAGCUUGGUGAACCAGAUGUUCGGCUACUUCGUGUUAGGCUACCCUGUGUGCGUGCUGGAAGGCUACACUGUGUCCCUGUGUGGCAUCACAGGGCUCUGGUCCCUGGCCAUCAUCUCUUGGGAGCGGUGGCUGGUGGUUUGCAAGCCCUUUGGCAGCCUGCGGUUUGAUGCCAAGAUGGCCAUCCUGGGCAUCGCCUUCUCUUGGAUCUGGUCGGCAGUGUGGACUGCCCCGCCCAUCUUCGGCUGGAGCCGGUACUGGCCCCAUGGCCUGAAGACCUCCUGCGGCCCCGAUGUGUUCAGCGGCAGCUCAGACCCGGGCGUGCAGUCGUACAUGAUGGUGCUCAUGGUCACGUGCUGCAUUAUCCCACUCAGUAUCAUCGUGUUCUGCUACCUGCACGUGUGGCUGGCCAUCCGUGCAGUGGCGAAGCAGCAGAAAGAGUCUGAGUCUACCCAGAAGGCGGAGAAGGAGGUGACGCGCAUGGUGGUGGUGAUGGUGCUGGCCUACUGUGUGUGCUGGGGGCCUUAUACCUUCUCCGCCAGUUUCGCCGCCGCCCACCCUGGCUACACCUUCCACCCUUUGCUGGCCACCCUGCCGUCCUACUUUGCCAAGAGCGCCACUAUCUAUAACCCAGUCAUCUAUGUGUUCAUGAACCGGCAGUUUCGAAACUGCAUCCUGCAGCUUUUUGGGAAAAAGGUGGACGACAGCUCAGAACUCUCCACUGUCUCCAAAACAGAGGCUUCAUCUGUCUCUUCAGUGUCCCCUGCUUGAGUCUACCCUGGA